UUGCGACACGAGCGGUCCAAACUUGCGUCACCUGAUAUCGCGGCAGUGACUCGCGCGCCGGCCAGCAUGGCGGACGCUGAGACCAGCCUGCGCGCGCUCCUGCGCCGCGUCGCCCGCGACCAGCGCUACGAAGACGACGAUGCGCACGUCGCCCUCAAGCCCAUCACCAGCGGCGGCGCCAACUACACCUCCAACCUCUUCCUCGCCACCCUCUCCACCCCCGGACUCCCCGAUCUGAACCUCUUCGCGAAAGUUGCCUCCAUCAGCGUCAAAAUCCGCUCGCGCGUCAACGCCGACAACCUGUACAGAACCGAACAGAUCUUCUACAACAAACUCGUCAACAUCUGGAACGGCUUCCAGGAGAAGUACCAGGUGCCGGAGCAGCACAGAUUUGUCUUUCCCAAAUAUUAUGGCGGGAGCGAGGAGAUCGGAAACGAGACGAUUAUUUUGGAGAAUCUGGUGGCGGGCGGGUACAUGAGCUUUAGCAGGUUCAAGUCGGUGGACUGGGACCAGGCGUCGAAGGCGGUGGAGGUGCUGGCGAAAUACCACGCUUUAUCGUUUGUCCUCCAAAAGGAGGAUCCGGCGGAGUAUGAGAUUUUGCUUAAGGACCUGAAGUUCGUGAUGUCCGAUGAGGACCCGGAGAUGAAGGGCAUCUGGGAGCGCAUGGUGGGCGGCGCCAUGGCCGUCAUCGACCAGCAGCACCACGAGAGGAUCAAGAAAUUCUUCGAGGCCCAUGAUGGUCGCGAUUUAUUCACAAAAUAUCAUAUGCCGACGCACACGCCGAUUCUCGCGCACGGGGACUUCAGACCUAGUAAUUUGCUGCACAAAAAGCAGGCUGACGGCAGCGUCCAGGUCAUCGUCCUGGACUACCAGACAGUACACACUGGUUGCCCGGUGGAAGACCUCGUCUACUUCAUCUUCAUGGGCACAGACGAGGAGUUCCGCAAGCAGCACUACGACGAGCUCAUCGAGCUUUACUACGCGCAGCUCGGGCUGGCGCUUGGAAGGUAUCAGAUGGACGUGGAAGAGGUGUACGCUAGGAAGCUCUACGACGAUGAUUUGAAGAUGAUGCUUCCAUACGCUCUGCUGCUGGGCAUAGUGGUGCUGCCCGUGGUGACGGUGGAAGCCGAGAGUGCUCCGAAGGUGGACAACGAGGCCGAUCUGGAUGCCUUCGUGGUGGCACCUAACGAGCUCUUCGCCAGCCGGUUCAAGGGGGUCGUCAACGACCUGUUGCGCUGGGAGGUCAUAUAGACAAGUUGCAGAAAGAUUAGGUACAGAAAAAGUACAGUAUUUCCAUUUUCGAGAUUUGCAACUUUACUUAGUUGAAGUUGAAGUUAUGUAUUCGUGUUGUUCUUUCGCGGGUGAUAUCGUAAUUUUUCAAUAAGUUGAUGACAGUACAAUAUCUAGUAUUAUUAAUAAAAUUAAGAAACUAUAAUCGUUUUACUUUCAUUAACUAUAGGUCGAAAUUUACAUCUACUCGGUCAUACCUACCUACCUUAUGUUUCGUUCUUGUCUAAGUGCCUAAAAAAUACAAUCUUUGCUGGCACCCUUUUGUUCCCAACUCGCAUAUCGGUUAGAUUGCCAUUUAAUUUUAGACUCAGCGAUUGUGUUUUUCGAUAAAGUGCGGUAGUUUGGCGCCCACCGAGUUGCCAACUUGCCAUUGCUGAUGUUACGUUUCUCUAAACUUCUUCAAUUUCUUGGGUAAAGGUUUGAAAUGUAUUGUUACAUAGUUUACUGAUAAUCCGAUAUGCAAACAUGUGAUGUCAUUGCAGUUGUUCAUAUUUAGUUAGAUUAUUAAGUUUAAAUAGGUUAAUAAGCAUAGUAUA